CACCACACAGAAGCACCUAGCCCUUCAUUGCUACCCCCGUCAGCUUUACCGUUAGAUGUAUUAAACAAUGCCGUUGCUGGAUUUAGUACUGUGGAAGAACUUAUCCGGUACCUUGAACCAGAUCGGUGGCAACUGGAUUUGGAAGAUUUGUACAGGCCAACGUGGCAACUUCUUGGAAAGGCAUAUAUUCAUGGGAGGAAAUCAAGAGUGGUCGAUCUCAACCUCCUGAAGGAGGAGGUGCGGCUGUAUAGUUGUACUCCCCGCAACUUCUCAGUGUCCCUGAGGGAGGAGCUGAAGCGAACUGACACCAUCUUCUGGCCACUGUGUCUGCUGGUUAAACGCUGUGGUGGAAACUGUGCCUGUUGUCACCAGAGCUGCAAUGAGUGCCAGUGUGUGCCAACGAAAGUCACCAAAAAAUACCAUGAGGUUCUUCAGCUGAAGCCAAGGAUUGGUGUCCGGGGACUCCAUAAAUCAUUGACAGAUGUACCCCUGGAACACCAUGAGGAGUGUGACUGUGUGUGCAAAGGGAAUACUGAAGGAUAAACACGAUCUAAUUGUGCUAUUUUCUUUCCAAGCACAUUCAAUCAAUGGCUGAUUCUAUUAUGGGGCUUGUGCAUUAUCUCCUUCUGUAAUCUCAGUUGUUUGCUUUGGGGAUCUUCCAUCUUCAAGAUUUACAGUGAGCUCUAAAAGAGGAGAAGCCAAACUGGGAUUAUAUGUUGUGUGACAGCUCUGUUUGGAGGCCCAGUGAAAGGAUGGGAGAAAGGCAUCAAUGAGGGAUUUAAAAUAUAUGUAUUGUUUUGGUCCCCCACAAUUUUCUUGACAAUACAUGGAUUUAUAAUUUAGGAGUAAAAAUAAAGUUAGAAGGCUUACAUCAUGGAGACUUGAUCCUGCUGGCUGUCUCGUUUCUACAGCUCCAGUACAUCUGGCCUCUGGUUGAAAACACCUGAAAUCUUUCUUUCUGUGUUCAACUACUCCUAUGUACUCUAACUCGAAGCAUUCUCUGUUGUAUAAACUUGGGUUAAACCAGACUGUUUUGUUCCAAAUUAAACUUAAUUUGUCUAA